AUGACGACCCCUCCAGCCCUCUACAUCACCGGCCUGGGCCACCAGUCUCCCCCAUACCUCAUGACCCCCGAUCAAUUCGACCAACUCGCAGCGCGCUUCCACGAUACCGAGCGCCCAGGCCUCAAAAAACUCAUCCAAAUCAACCACACGACGGGAAUCGAAUCGCGCGCCUCGAUCCUCCCCUACACGACCGGCUUCGCCACGCAAUCGAUCCCACCCACCAUCACCGAAAUCGACCACUUCUUCCGCACCGCCGGCGUCGACCUCGCCGUCUCCGCAUGCAAACGCGCCCUCCGCGACGCGCGCACCCCGCCAACCAAAAUCACACACACCGUCGCCGUCACCGCCACGAACCAGGGCUGUCCCGGGUACGACCUGCUCGUGGCCAAGAAACUCGGGCUCCGCCUCUCGUCUUCGCCCGCCGCCGGCCCGGCGCUCGACAGAACCCUCCUCUCCGGUGUCGGCUGCGCAGGUGGGUUGUCGGUUCUGCGCGCCGCGGCUCAACUUGCCUGCGGCGCGAGUAUGCGCGGGAAGCCGGCGCGGAUCCUGGCGUUUGCGUGCGAGCUGUGUAUGCCGAAUGGAAGGCAUGAUCUGGCCGAGGUCGCGAGGGAGGGGGACCCCGAGGGGAUUAGUAUUGUCGCGGCGCUGUUUUCCGAUGCGGCGGGGGCGGUUGUGCUUUGUAAUGAGGUUGCGUUGGCGGAGGAUAGGGAGGGUAGUGGGAAUGGGAAUAGUGAGGAUGGUGAGGAUGACGAUGACGAUGAUGACGACGACGACGAGGGUGUGAGGCCGGUGUAUCGGUUGCUCGAAUGGGGGCAUGAUGUUAUCCCCGAUACAAUUGAGCACAUGGGAUUUUCGACCGAGGGGGAUGGCUACCACACUACGCUGACUCGCGCGGUACCUGGUCACGUCAAGCACGCGAUCGGUCCGAUCUUCGAGACCCUCCUCCCAUCCUACCAGAGGCAUGUGCAAGCAGAACAGCAGCUAACAAUCCACGACUUUGAUUUUGCCCUCCACCCCGGCGGAGAAGCCAUCAUCGACGGCGCAAAAGAAGUCCUCGGACUGACCGAGGACCAGAUCCAGGCCACGCGGGAGACGUAUCGGACGCGCGGGAACUCGUCGAGUCCGACAGUCUUGAUCCUGCUGGAUAAGCUGAGGUCAGUGGCAAACAGGAAGAGGGAGAAUGUGGUUGCGACCUCGUUUGGGCCGGGGAUGACGAUUGAGAUGGCGCUGUUGCGGAGGUGCGAGGUUGAUGAAGAUUGA